UCCAGUCUAAAUGACCAAGAAGUUUUUGUUUAUUCCUGAAAACGGGGCAGUAAACAAGCUAGAUUUGGGUUAAUCGUAACCUGCUAACCAAACAAAAUAGGCCUACAUAGCAGAGGAAGAAGCCGAAGCCCAAGAAACGUAUUCGAUUCGGCGACUCACGAAUCGCGCCCGUAAUCUGUUACUCUUCUCCUCUAGCCCCCAAUCCAAGUUCAUUAAAGCAAUCAAGACUCCAGUGUUUUGGGAUUUCGAUUAUGGAAGAAAGAGGGGACCCUGAGCAUCAGUUGAUGAUCAAUGAAAGUUUUGCAGUUAAUAUGGAAAUUGAUCCAAAGAGAGCACGGUUUCCGUGCUGUAUUGUCUGGACACCCCUUCCUGUUAUUUCAUGGCUUAUACCUUUCAUCGGUCAUAUUGGCAUCUGCAGAGAAGAUGGAGUGGUUUUGGAUUUUGCAGGGCCAAAUUUUGUCUGUGUUGAUAAUUUUGCGUUUGGAGCUGUGGCUCGCUAUUUUCAAAUAAGCAAGGAAAAGGAAUGUUGCAUUUCUUCGCUUCCAGCUUCAUUCAGAGGUGAGGAUGGACACCAAUGGAUGAGCCAAAUGGAUCAUGGAAGGGGCACAUUGACAUGGGAUGAUGCACUGAGAAAUAGUACACAGGAGUUCCAACACCUGUCCUAUAAUCUACUUACUUGCAAUUGCCACUCUUUUGUAGCAAACAAUCUAAACAGAUUAAGUUUCAGAUCCGGUGGGUGGAAUGUGGUGAACCUUGCAGCUUUCAUUUUCUUCAAGGGUUGCUGGGUAAACAGAGCAGCCAUGAUCAAAUCCUUUUUACCCUUCGUUCUAGUCUCGGGGCUUGGAUUUGCAUUUGGGGGCACGACUUUCCUAACUUUCUGGGCCUUUUUCAUCUCAUUUCUUGUUGGUUGGUUUCUUUUGGGUACAUACUGUUUUAAGAAUUUGAUUCACUUAUAACUUUUUUAUUGAUGUAUUUGGUUUCCCUAAAACAAUGCCCAUAAAACCAUGGAUGCUUUGGUUAUACGCCAAAAAGAUCACAAGAGAAUCCGUUCGGCAGCUGAGAAAUCGUAAUUGCAAUAAUGGACAAAGAGGCAGUUGAUUCAAAGAUCACCACUGUAAUUGUACGUUUCCUUUAUGUUUUUAAACACUGACUGGUUAUUUGGUUACUUUUUUUCUUUUCAGCCGUGCCAGGGUUUGUCAAAUACGUGCAUUGUAUGAUGUAAUGGAAUUUACUGCUAUGGAGUUGGAGUUUAGUCUAUUGAAUUACAAUUUAAAAAUGAAAUCACUGAGUA